AUAAAUUAAUGACUUUUAUCAUUAUUGAUAUUGAAUUUAUUAUUUUAAUUAAAAAUGAACAGCAUCCUUAUGUAUCCCGGACGAGCCCCCAAAAAAUUUUAAUAUAUAUUACGUCAAAAUAACACAUAUUAAUGGUGCGUUCGGAAUUGUAAUCGGAGUGGCUAGUUCAGAUAGUUCCGCUCGAAGCCGUUCGGUGAAUAGAGCGCAGUGCGAGCAAAAUUUGAAUAAAAAAAAAAAUUUAAGCAGCUCAUCCUUAUUCUGCAUUUCCGUAUUUUAAAGCGAAAAUAAUUUUAUUAAAAUAGUUAUUAACUAAUAUAUUUUUAAUUAAUAAUUUCUUGAUUAAUAAUUUUAAUAAUGAAAAACGGAGAUGAAUUUUUCGUCUGCAAUACUUGCCAAAAAAGUGAUGUGUCGUUAGAUUCAUUAAUAAACCAUUGCAAAGAAGAUCAUUGUGAAGAAAGUAAGUGAACAUAACCUAUAUUAUCAUUAAAAAAUUUUCUAUGACUAAUAUAAAUUGUUUUAAAAUUAAUAAUAAUUUAUUUAAAAACUUUCACUUUUAUAGAUGCAUCUUGUGCUUUAAAAAACAUAACAACUUACGUUAUUGAUGAUAUGAUUGAACCUAUUAAUGACAGUUUAAAUAGUCAAGACUCCAUGGUUUUUGAAUGUAACGACGACGAUAUAGAUACAGAGGUGGCUAUUGAAGAGGUUUCACAAGAUUUAGUUGAUAGUAGUAGCGAUUCAAAUGCUGAUAAAAUUACACAUGUAGAAAAAAAAAUGAAACAUAGUGAUGAACCAAAGCUUGAACGUAAGCUUUGGCCACCAAAUAUCACAGAAACUUUUGUUGAACUUGUUGAGAAAUACCAAAAAGAUUUAGAGUCUUAUAAAAAGAAACAUGUUUGGGAAAAAAUUUCUGAGAAGAUUAAUAAUCAAUAUCAGAGUAAAAUAACUGCACAGCAAUGUGAAACUAAAUGGAAAAGUGUUGUAAGAAAAUACAAAGAGAUUAAACGGAUCAAUUCUACAUCUGGGCAAAGUCGAAAAAAAUGGGAUUUAUAUGACAAAGUUGAUGCAAUUAUGUUUAUGAAACCUGAAAUUGAACCAGUUGCAAUAUGUAGCAAUAAACAAGGCCUAGUUAUCAAUAAGAAUACUAAUUCAACUUCAGACGAUGGAGCUAGUUGUUCUUAUAAGACAGACCAUGAAUCUUUUGAUGAUAGCAAUGAUAAGGAAUAUGAAUCUUCAUUCUCGAAGAAAAGAAGAAAAAGCAUAACCCCUACCGAACGGCGUCAUAAAGAAAAACUGGAACGUAUGGACAAGUACAAUGAUCUCUUUGCUGGACUUAUUCGUGCUAUUGGGAAAACAUCUAAUAAUAAAAGAAGAAGACGUACAAGUAGCUCAUCUUCAUCAAGUUCUGAUUGAUGUUUUAUAUUUUAUCGUUUAUUCUUUUAUAAAAAUUACAUGGCUUAACUUUAAUUACAACUAUUCUUAAGUAUAAUACUUUGUACUUAUUUAACUUUAAUCACAUCUGUUUUUCAAUUUUCAUACUUAGUUAAACAAGGUAGG